AUGGUGCAUGACGAUGGUUCUGUUGAGGACAAAAUCGAUCUAGAGGAAAUGUUACGUCAAGCAGAACCCGAGAUGCUGAUGGGGUCGGCUAGAGGGUUAAAUAACUUUGAAGCUUUACAGAAGGCAGCAAAGGAAGUUUUGUACGAUGAGUCGAAGGGUUGUGACAGUGAGUUCACAACACUCCGGUCAGUUCUUGAACUUAUGAGGUUAAAGGCGAGACAUGGAUGGUCUGAUACCAGUUUCGACAGUCUGUUAGAACUUCUGCAGAAAAUGCUCCCGAGGCCUAACUCACUACCAUCCAGCACAUAUCAAGCAAAGAAACUCAUAUGCCCCCUUUCACUUGAAGGGCGCAAGAAGGAUGGGAUGAUUCGACACCCGGCAGAUGCUCAUCAGUGGAUAAACUUUGAUGCUCAGUAUAGAGAGUUUGCUAAAGACCCACGGAAUAUUAGAUUUGCCCUGAGUACUGUUGGAGUUAAUCCUUUUGGUGACAUAAGCAGCUCACAUAGUACUUGGCAAGGACCCCAUCAGCCUGGUAUUGAUAUUGACGUAUUUCUUGAACCAUUGUUGGAAGAUAUAGCUGAUUUAUGGAAAGAUGGAUUGAAAGUGUGGGACGAGUACUUAAGGGAAUACUUCACAGUGAAGGCCAUCAUCUUCGUGACCAUUAACGAUUAUCCAGCAAUGUUUUCAGUUUCAGGUCAAAUUAAAGGUAAAACAGGAUGUGUGAUCUGCUUGAAUGGAACGUACUAUAGGUAUCUCCCGGGUUCCAACAAGCUUGUGUACAUGCGGCACUGGCGGUUCCUACGCACAAAUCACAAGUACCGCAAGAUGAAGGCGGAGUUCGAUGGUACUGAAGAGACUGAUCCUACACCAAAACCUAUAUCGGGAGAAAAGGUGUGUGCAAUGACAGAGAAAAUUGUUUGCGAGUUUGGAAAAAUGACUAAGAAACCAUCAAAGGGGACAAAGCGCAAGAAACCCGAGAAGAAUACGAAACAAGGGGAUAGUAAGAAGCAAGAUGAUAGUUCGAAGCCAGAUGAUAAACUCCCUCCCCCAUUCAAGAAGCAUUCCAUAUUUUUUAAGUACCUCCCGUACUGGAAAGAUCUGGAGAAGACUAAAGAUGGUCUGCAAUCAAGGAUGGACCUAGUCGAGAUGGGAAUCAGGGAAGAGUUACACCCUCAAGAAGGAGAAAAGAAUGGCAAAGUAUAUCUUCCACCAGCCUGUUUCACACUGACACCUAAGGAGAAGAAGUCAGUUUGCAACUCACUCCGUGAUGUCAGAGUGCCCAUAGGUUUCUCAUCAAACAUCAGUCGACUAGUUUCAAUGAAAGAUUUUUCGGUAUCUGGUUAUAAUUCAUACGACUGCCAUGUCUUGCUCACCGUGUUUCUUGCAAUUGCAAUAAGGGCCAUAAAACCGAAGCAUUUAAAGGUUGCUAUCACAAGGUUGUGCUACUUUUUCAACGCAGUGUCACAGAAGGUUAUUAGUCUCGAAGAGUUAGGAAAUCUCCAUACAUUCGCACAUGAGACACAGUGCCAACUUGAGAUGUGUUUCCCUCCGUCAUUUUUUGAUAUGAUGGAGCACCUCAUUGUUCACAUAGUGCCGCAGAUGGUUGCACUUGGCCCAUUGUACCUCCAUCAAAUGUGGUCAUACGAGCAUUACAUGGCGGUUUUGAAGGGUUACGUUCGAAAUCAUGCACAUCCAGAGGGAUCAAUGGUUGAGGGUUAUAGUACUGAAGAGGUUGUCGAGUGCUGUAUCGAUUACCUCAAAUAUGGAUAUGCAAUUGGAGUACCUGUGCCUCGACACGAAGGCAGGUUGAGUGGCAGGGGAACGAUAGGAAAGAAGAGAUUCGUCACCCAUGAUCACAAAUCAUUCCAAGAAGCUCACUUUAGCGUGCUUCAUCAGUUUGCUAUCGUUGAGCCGUACAUCGAUCAACAUAUCGAACUAAUACGAGCUAACAAUAAGGGUCGCACCACCGAGUGGAUAAUGAAAGAACACAAGCGUCUCUUCAUAGAUUGGUUGCGAGACCUAGACUUACCUGAGGGACAAACUACCGAUGAAAUAACUAUGAAGCGGUUGGCUUGUGGUCCAUCAACUACAGUAAAUUCUUGGCAAGGAUAUGACAUUAAUGUAUACUCGUUUAGCACAAGAGCCCGAGAUAAUAAGACCUGUACGCAAAACAGCGGUGUCCGUGUGGAGUGGGUAAAAUACCCGAACGGGGUCAAUGUUGAUAAGUUUGGUCUUACUGUUGUUGACCUGGCGAGUGUGGGUCACAAGGAUGACCCUUGGGUACUCGCCAAUCGCGUGGCACAAGUGUUUUAUGUGAAAGACCCUUCAAUUUUGAAGAAAGAUAUAGUGCUACCAGGGAAACAAAAGAUAUUGGGAGUGGAUGGGGUUGAAGAUGUCGAAGAUUACAACCAAUACGAUAGUAUGCCACUUUAUAGUCAGUUUGUACAGAAGAUUAAGAAUGUUGAGACAUCUACUCAGAAGAUCGUGAAGCCUUACAUGCGCACGGACGGUGUGGGCAAAAAUGUUAAAGGGUAA